GUGUAGCCGUCAGUGCUUAUUACCCGAAAUCAUUUUAAUUGGCCUCGGGAGGAUCGCUAGAGGCGAAAUUAAACGCUGUCAGUCAGCUGGGGACGGCACCUGUCAAUCAAAACGUCCGUUAUAAAGUCACUCCGCUUUCGCGCCGUCUAGUCAAACGCGGGAAGACAGCACAGGGACUGAUCAAUUCCACAAGUGCGCGGAGUUUAUUCGACUAUUGACGCAGUUUUGAGAACAUUUAGUUCUCUCUGCACAUACUGUCAAAUUUAUCUUCAUUUUCCAAUCAAUCACAGAGGAAAUGGAUAAAAUACCUGCUAUGAAUAUCAGCGCUGGAAACAGUUCCGUGUAUAGACGCUCAUUUCUAGAGAGAAGUGGAUAUCAGCACCUGGAUCACGGAGAUCUGAGGGUUUUGAUUCCAGUGGUGCUGGGAGUCAUCUGCGUCCUGGGUUUCACCGGGAAUGUAACGGCUAUGGGAGUCUUGAUCACCAACGCGCGUAAAAGUAAGCUGUCGUUGAUCAACGCUCUCAUCCUCAACCUCAUGCUAGCUGAUGGUCUGGUCCUGGCGUUUGCUGUUCCCUUCAAAGCCACUGCUUAUUCCCGUGCCAGCUGGACCCUGGGAUUGUUUGUCUGCAAGACCUGUGACUGGUUCUUGCACUCCUGCAUGGCUGCAAAAAGCUUUACAGUGGCCAUCAUGGCCAAAGGUUGCUACAGGUACGUCAGCAACCCCACCAAGCAGGUAAGCAUCCGUCUGAAGACUAUCCUGGUAGUCCUACUUUUUACUUGGCUCAUGGCGUGCGUGGUCCCUAUUCCCCAGUGGCUUUUUUCCACCCUGCAAAGAGAAGCCAACGGAAUGAUCUGCGUUCAAGCAGUGCCAGCCGAUGCCCAUGAUUUCAUGUCUGUGUACGUCAAAGUGUACCCUCUCCUGGCCUACUGCACACCUUUGAGUUUCGCCCUGCUUUAUUUCUGGAAGGCAUAUGGACGAUGCCAACGCAGGUCUAGCAAGACUCAAAACCUGCGGACGCAGAUUCGAUCCCGCAAGCUCACCCUGAUGCUCUUCAGCCUGACAGUGGCCAUGGCCACCAUGUGGCUCCCGCAAUGGGUGUCCUGGGUUUGGAUGCGGCACGCGUUAGAGACCGAUGGUGCUUUCCCUCCGGUCCUCUUCACUCUCUCUGCCCAGCUUCUUAUGUUCUCCAUCUCUCUAGUCAACCCUUUCAUUGUUCUCGCCCUCUCUGAGGAGUUCAGGGAGGGCUACAUUGGCUUGUGGCGAAGGCUCACCCUACGCAAACAACCGCCAAAACAACACAAGCCAGGACCGCACACCCCGACUGCUCCAAAGUCACCCACUCCGAGACCUGAAACAUCAGCCCACCUCCCUCCACACCGGCCUGGGCGAACAGAGGAGCAGAAGCCUGAGAAGCAACCAGACCAGAGUGGAGGACAGCAGGAGAGCCCAACCAACAAAGAUGGAAUAGUACUGCAAGAUGUAGAGCAAUUUUGGCAGGAGAGGGAGACUGCCUCCCAGUCACAGGAAAAUGAUCCUGUGCCCUGGGAACAUCUGGAUCCAAAGGAGGGGAAACAGUAAGAAAGUGGGAAUCCAUGUUCUUUUACAUUUGUCAACAUGAAAGAAUUAAAAAACACAACAGAUCAGACCUCACCUGAACUUGGCCCACUUAUUGUGACUAACCAUGUUUGUUAUGGUUUUAAUUUGUUUUUGUGUCUGUGUUCAACUCUUCUUAACAAGUGCUAAAGCUGGUUUGAGUAUAUGGAAAUGUUUUGUAUUGUAUUAUGUUGUUUAAAAAAAUGAUGUAUUAUAUAUUAAAAUGGGUAGCGGUAUCACUAAAGAAACCAGUGUGUGUUGAUGUCUUGUGCGCACAGGUUCACCAAAACAAUAAAAAUGCCGAAAAGCUGUGAAUAGCUCUCUCCUGCCUAUUGUAUUAAAAAUAGAUGUUGAAAUUAAACAUUGAUUUUUACAGAUUUAGAAGGAAUGAACAUGUCUGCAGAAUGAAUAUGCUAUAAAGAAAGUAUUUAGGGAAUGGA